AUGGUUCUGCUGCUGUCCUCCAGUGCUCUUAGCCCUCCGGCCUUUCCCCCUCCGCCGCCGCCGUUCUCCAGCGCGCCGCCGCCGCCGCCGUUCUCCAGCGUGUCGCCGCCGCCUCUGCUGUUCUUGGGCAGGUCGACACCGUCUCUGCUGGCUCGGGAUGCUGGAACCUGCCAUGGAUGGAUGACAGUCCCGCUGGCAGGGAGACUGCCCCAGCCUCUCGUUCCUGAGCCUUGGCCUGUUUUGGCCUCCCCUGCCCAAGAGGGGAUCCGCCUUCGCCGGCUUCCGGCCCGAGUCCGGCCUCCCGAGGGGAUCCCGCCUUCUUCGUCUCCGGGCUCCAGCUCAGCCGCCAGAGGGUCUCCGUCUCGUCUGUCGCCGGCCUUUAGAUGGUUUCUACCACUGGUCCCGCCGCCGAGCGUGCCUCCACACUGGGCCUCAGCUCCCGCCGCCGAGCGUGCCUCCACACUGGGCCUCAGCUCCCGCCCCCGAGCGUUCCACCUCAGUGGGCCUCAGCUCCCGCCGCCGAGCGUGCCUCAGGUCCCGCCGCCGAGCUUGCCUCCACACUGGGCCUCAGCUCCCGCCGCCGAGCGUGCCUCAGGUCCCGCCGCCGAGCGGGCCUCCACACUGGACCUCAGGUCCAGCCGACGAGCGUGCCUCAGGUCCCGCCGGCGAGCGUGCCUCAUGUCCCGCCGACGAGCGGGCCUCAGCUCCCGCCGCCGAGCGUGCCUCCACACUGGGCCUCAGCUAGCUCCGCGGAGCGGUCCACCACACUGGUCCUCAGGUCCCGCCGACGAGCGUGCCUCAUGUCCCGCCGACGAGCGUGCCUCAGCUCCCGCCGCCGAGCGGUCCACCACACUGGGCCUCAGCUCCCGCCGCCGAGCGGGCCUCCACACUGGGCCUCAGCUAGCUCCGCGGAGCGGUCCACCACACUGGACCUCAGGUCCCGCCGACGAGCGUGCCUCAUGUCCCGCCGGCGAGCGUGCCUCAUGUCCCGCCGACGAGCGUGCCUCAGCUCCCGCCGCCGAGCGGGCCUAA